CUGUCAUGGAGCCUGUGUGACGUCAGCCGGGUUUGUUUUGAAAACAACAACAAAAGAACAGAACAAAUAACAAAAGUGAAGAGAGAGGAAGAAGGAAGAAAAGAGAAACCAGAGAAGAACUGAUUGUGACAGGAACAUUCUUCGUUUGACGAGCGUUAUUUUUAACCUUACCCCAAGUUAUUGCACGAAAAAUGAGCAGUCGAGGAGUCAGAAAGUCAGGAAAGCCUGGGUCAAAACAGCAGUCAUCUCCGGAAGGGAAAAAGCAACCCGAAGUAGUCCCCAACUCUCCUUUGGCCUCAACAUCGAUGAUGUACUCAUCGUCCGACUCACCGGACAGCAAGGAGGCCACCUUGUCAUUUCCGCUUGUAAAAAUCAGUGACAAUGCUAAGACCUUGCCUCGAUACACAGCCAUUCUUGGACGUAGUGAAAAAGAAGGCAUUAGUAUGGAAGAUUUGGACACCCUGCAGCUUGAGCUUGAGGUCCUGCUGUCAGCAGCCGCCGUACGCAUCAGAGCCCUCCAAGGUGAAGUUGGAACUAUGGAGAACCAGGAGGAGAAGAAGGACAAGAAGUCAAGGAUUGUGAAAACAGUCAAGAAAAGUGGUUCAAAGCUCAAGGACGAGGUACCAAGCAAAAGGUCUAGAGAAUCUGGUAGCAAAUCUACAGAGACACAGAGCCCUCUGCCCAUUAAGUUUACUAAAGUCAAAAAUCCACCUGCAACAUUAGCUCCAUCAAAUUUCCAAGUACCUGAUAUUGAUAUAGAUGCACUUCCUAAAGUAGAGGUGAAUGUAUCUGACCCUAAGAAUGACGUUCCCAACAAGUUUUGGGCAUCAGUUGAGCCAUACUGCUCAGAAAUCACCACAGCUGACAUUCAAGUCUUGAAAGACUUGAUCAGCGCAAAUGCAAACCAAGCAAGUGCUUUGAACAUCCCACCUCUUGGUAAACACUACUCGGCCCUGUGGAUCGACGAGGAAGUGACUCAAGAUGCCAAUCCACCGGGCAAGACAAAAGCAGCUCACAACGAACUUUACCUUAAAAAGGCAGAAAAGCUCAAUGUUCGAGCUGCCGCUGCUGGGCCAAUAACACAGCGUAUUGUCAGCGCUCUUUUGGAAGAGGGUCCCAUACCUUCGUCGAAGCACAGUUUGGAUUCUGGCAAAGAUGAUACAAUGCUCAGAGCUAUCAGUAAUGGUCUCUCAUUGUCGGGAGCUGCCAGUUUGGAAUCACGAAUGAGGAAGGAACUGAUGGAAAUGGAUCUCUUUGACCCCAAGGAACUUCAGCAUGAAGCUGACGAUGAAAUUUUUGAAGAGCUUAAAUUGUGCCACGAGGAAAUGAAUAGAGUCAAUGAACACAACGUGAAAUCACUUCAAAGACUUCUCAAAUGUGCCACAGAAGAAAUGGGCAGACAAGAAAUUCGUAGAAAAUUGCACCAAAUUGAUGCUCAGCUUGUGGAAAUGCACAAGAAAAUUGUUGCAAAUAAGAUAAAGAGGAAAAUCAUGACCAAGAAAGAACAAGAGCCCAUCUGGAAGCUGCUCAGGGACAGAGAUGCUCUAAUCAAACACCUGGAUGCUACCAUUGCGAGACCAAAACAGUGAAUGCAAAUCAACUAUUUAGUAAAAGUGUCUGCAGCCACAUUCAAGGUGGAAAUAAUUUUUCUCCUUCUAUUUAAAUUUCUACACUCCGUACAAAAUUAAUAACGUCAUAUGUUUUCAAGAUUAUUUAUUUCAUUCAAACCAGUUAGUUAAAAAUAAAUUUAUGUAGAAAAAUAUUGGCACAGCAGUAUCGAUUUUAAUUGAUAACAGGAAUAAAAAUAUAUGAAUCAUUAUAA